AUGCGACUGCCGACACCACCGUCGUCGGGCCCCGCAACGGCCGCGGGGCACGAGGGUGGCACACGAGGCCUGCGGAAGCGAGGCCUUACGCUGGAGCAGGACGCCAUGGGCGGCUGCAGCCCCGAAGCGCGGUUGCGCGAGGACAGCAGACUGAAGAGGAGACUGCUGGCCCCUGCCCCGGCGGCGGGGAGAGAAGACGCGGGAAGGGACCGAUCAGCCAAAGAAAGAGGAAAAGGUACGGAUGCCUCAAUUGAUGAUCCACAGCCAGAGAUUGACUUGGUAAGAAAGGAAUCAUUAACCACUGGGGCAUCUUUACCAACAGUGGAGUGCAGUGAAUUGCAAAAUGUGGAUUGCUUGCAGUCAUUAGCUAAGGAAGAUUUGGUAGAAGGCAUGAAAAGAAAAGUUCGUAUUAAAAAAUCUAAAAAUUUAGAAAACGCACCUCUCAAAAUAAUUGAAAAUGAGACAACACAAAAUGUUAAGGAUGAAUUACAAAAUGAACUGUACAAGAAUACUACAAAAUACAAUUCUUGUAAUAGCUUGUCACCUGAAGUAGAAAAUAAUUCAAUUUUUGAGUUACAUGCCUACAGUUUGCUCCACUCCAAGGUUUGUAAUAAUGAAAACACCUUUGGUCAUAAUCCUGUUGAUGGAUGUACACACAUAGUAAAAAAUUCUUCAACAUUGACGAAAGAAAACCUUAGGAGUCUUGCAGAGACGAAUGACACAGAUACUGUUCCUAAGCUCUUAGAAACUGAAGAAAAUUUAGUAGGAAUAAAUAAGUUACUGCUUGAAGAAAAUGAUUUGUGCCAAAAUAAAAAUAAUAGCUUACUUUCCUGCCUUCAAAGUGAAAAAAAGAAGUACUCAAUAGUGAACACUAUUGGGAGAAAGCACAGGAAAAAAAUGAAGUCUGAACACGGAGAAGGAACAGUUAAUGAUCUCAAUUUCUCUAAUGUGUAUAACAAGUCUGAGUUAGCAUUGCAAGGAAACCAAAUUGAUAUGGAAGAGAAAGAAACAGAGACUAUAGAGACUGAAAAAAGUCUUUUAAAAGCUUUGGGGAAAACAAACCAUAAUACAAACUCUCCAGUGGCUCAUUUAAGUCUCCCAGUGACAGCAGAAAAAAAAACAAGUCCUGGACAUCAUGAAAACACUAUGUUUCAGAAAGCCUUUGAAUCACAUUUGAAAGAAGAAACAAAGAAUGCUUUAGAGUCCUUAGAAUAUAGAAGUAUGGAGCCAGAAGAGUAUUUUAAAUCAAUGAUAAGCUCUACAGUGAAGUCAUUCAGUGAUAACCAUCAUGUUGAAAAGAAAUCUUCACGGGAAGAUUUGAGAAGUGAAGCUGAAGAAUCAAAGGUAAGCUGUCGCAGAGUAAUACCAAUGACUGGUAAAAGAACUUGGCCAUGUUAUUCUUGUGCUAGAAUAUCUGCUUAUUGUUGGAAGAAGACUUCCUUACCACGCUCUGAUUACUUGUUUCAGGGGUCUCUGGAACAUGUUAGGCCACAUGAGUCUCUUAAGCACCAAACAAACCAGACUCACUUAACUGACUCUAAAGUAUUGCAUGACUCUUUAACAGAAAAAACUAUUGAGUCCUCAAGUAAAGAAAUAUGUGAUUCUGAUUUAAAAUGUUUGUCUUCAGUUUCUUCAGUAGAACCUGCUUUGAUGAUUAUAAAGGAAGCUAUCAGUAAUGAAAAGAUAAAAUCAGAGGAACCCAGCAGAAGUGAGUCAGAGGUAGCUUCUACUAGUACCGAAGACACUCACUUAACUAAUGUGACGCAAAGCCUAACAGCAAAUAAAAAAAAGAGAGGGAAUGUAACAAAAUUUAGUUUAACAGUAGCUAGUCAGGAGGUUGAGGAAAUAAAUAACUCUACAAACAAAUCUAUUCAUCGAAAAGCGUGCAUUGCUAAGCAAACACUUGCAGUUCCAGAUGUGGCUAAAAUAUUAAACACGGGACGACUGACUAAUUUUAAAAUACCUUUAUUGAAGAAUAAGACAGGAAAAGGAAAAGAAGUAAAUGCCAAGUCAUCUGUUAGAGAAGCCUACAGUCCCUUAGAACUACUUGAUAAUUUAUCUGGAGCAGAGGCAAGACAGAAUAGGAGUAAAGAAAAUAUCUCCACAACAUCUUCAGGACGUCAGUUGUUGAGCAUACAUAAUAGUGUAACUCCAGGGCCACCUAGUUCACAUUCAUUCUACAAUAAGAAUCCCUCUAUUCCUCCAAGAUUUACAAAGCAAGGCUAUGGCAGCAAGCCAUCUAAUCACAUCUCUGAACCAGGCAAUAUUAUUUCUAUUAAGGAACCUGUUCCUCUCACAGUUGAAAAUAAUACAUUUUCUUGUGAUCUUGGGUAUACAGAGCAAAGUUCUUUCUAUUCUAAGGAGCAAGAAACAUUUGAACCAAUUUCCUCUAAAGUUAGUGGCAGAAAAAUGACUAAGAGCAUUUCAGAUCUCAAAGUGGAGUUUCCAGAUAUUCUUAAAGCAUAUGAAGAUGAUGUCCUCUUAAUUGAUGUAAUUCAAGAUGACCCAGAGCUCUUUGGAGUCUCCAGUGAAUUGGAUCUCUCAUUAGCUUCGGAAGACUCCAAGAUAAGCCAGGAACCCAGUGCUGUUGGAGAGCACCAGUCAGCAGACUUGAUUCCCAUGCAGCUUCCAGCAAAAAGAGAACCAAGUGAUUUGAGUAGAGGACUUGCUGUGCUGGACCCUGGACUACCGAAGCUGGAGAUCUGUGCCUCCUUGUCAGCUGUAAAGGAGAUAAAACAUGACUCCAAAGGUGCAAACAUUUCCUCUGGAGUGAAUGAGACUAUUGUGAUUGAAAACCCAGGAGACCUCAGAGAACAAAUAAAAGAUUCAGGCUGGGAUGAAAAGUGCAGAGUUUCAGACAAGGCAAGUAUUAAAGAAGAGAAAGAAGAUACUAAUGAAGUUUGCAAAAGUAUGGAUCUUAGAAAUGCAGAGGUUGUGGUUGGUGAAUGCCAGUUAGCAGCACUGGGCCCCAGACCUCUGUGCUCGUCACUGCCUCCUUUGAACCUAAGUGGCCAUCAGGAAGACACAAUACCAAAGCUGUGGAAAAAUGAUUUCAGGUUUCCUGGAAGACAUUCUGUCCUGCCACUGCAGAGUCCGGAAACCUGUGAAAUAUUUAAAAGAGAAAAAAAUAUAGGGGUGUUCCAGAAACCCCUAGGGUUGGUGAUACCCCAUAGAUACUGCAAAUUUCAUUUUAACACGUUGCGUGGCUGUGAGCGAUCACAGUGCAAGUUUGUCCAUGUGCCUGAGCAAGGCGAUGAAAAGGUUUGCAUGGAUGUGUUUAAGAAAUAUAUGAGUGUCAAUGAGCUGUGCUUAUUGCAGCGUGCAGUAAACAUAUUUAUGGAAUACUACAGGAAAUUCCCCCCAGGGAUACACUUUGAUUUACAAGUACUAAAUGACUUUAUACUUGCUUUACUCAAGCACUGUUUAUUGAAGGAAGUAUUUCAGAUAGUGAACCUCAGCAUAAUGGCUAAAAUGCUGCCUGCUCUGAAAAUAUUACUAAAAAUAUUUGAGCAUGUGGCUGCUAUGAAGUUGAGGAAUGCUGUGCCUGCUUUGAUUGAGAUUUUAUGCAAGUUUAUUGAAGCUGGGAUGAUGCUUGACCCAGAACACUUUAAUUAUAUUAUUAAGCUUUUAUGUCAAGCAAAGGCUUCCCAACAAGAAAUAACUACAGUUCUGGAAAUCAGAUCCAGGCUACGAAUGAGGCAAUUUCAAAAGAACUGGAAGUGUGAUUUAGACUCAGCCUUGAAUGAAGUAGAGACUUGUAAAGAAAAAGAUGACUGGACCAAAUUGGGAAGCCUAUAUAUUAGCAUAAAAAUUGGCUGUGAGAAACUAACAGAGUUCCAGACAUUUUGUGCUUGUGUUGCUGAAACGCUUUCAAAAGAUGAUAAAGAAGAAAGACCAGGGGUUCCUUUUUGUGAAUUUGCUGAAGCAGUUAGCAAAGAUCCACAGUAUAGUGAAGUUGAUAAAACUUUGCUGGGAAGAAUCGGGAUCAACGCUAUGUACUUCUAUCACAAGCUGUUGCAGUGGUCCAAGGGAAGGAAGGUCUUAGAUAUACUAUAUGAAUUAAAAAUACAUUUUACAAGUUUAAAAGGACUUAUAGAGCCUGAGAAUUUAGCACCAAGAUGUCAAAUUGUGAAUGUUGCUGCAGAAAUUUUUAUAAAAAGUGGAAGUCUAGAUGGUGCCAUUUGGGUACUGAGAGAGUCAGAAUGGAUAAUCAAUACACCUCUUUGGCCUUGUAACCAGCUGGAUGUGCUUAACCGACAUAACUUGCUCUGUACAAUUGCACAUGAAGUGUUAGGCAAAAACCUGUAUAGACAGACAUUUGAAGUUUUGCAAAAUCUACCAGGCUUUCAGAAUUCUCAAGAAGCCAUGGAGGUGUCCCAGUACAGCCUUCUUUUUAAUAAACUUCUGGACUCCUGUAUAGAAAGUAACAGUCUUGGCAUAUCAUCUUCUGUAGCAGAGUUCAUGGUUACAAAGAGCAUCCCUAUUGAUUUUUCCUUUCUUAGGAGACUAAUUACUUCUUUAGGAAGGAGUUCUUUAUGGCUUAAAGCCAGAAACCACUACAAAAGUGCGCUUUCAUUAGGCUGCUACCCACCAUUAGAGGGAAACUUACACCGAAAACUUCUAUUGAUUCCUUCCUAUUUAUCUGAGAUUGAAAUGCUCCUAUCUAUUGAAAUCUUCCUGGUAUCUAGUGCUAGUAGUAUACAGAGUCCUGGAACCUCUACACAAAUACUACAGAUAGUUUUGAAAAGAUGUGAAGAAAACAAAUCUCGGACCAAGGAUGAUUAUCAGGCUGCAGUGGAAAGAUUAAUUACAGCUGCUCGCAUAUCGGAUCCAAAGCUUUUCAUUAAGCACAUGACCGUCAACAUUAACAAGGAGCAGGUUUAUAGUUUGGAACAUUGUUCUGCCCUGAAGUGGUUGAAAGAGAAUAUGAAGUGGGCUGGAAAGGUUUGGCUUUUCACAAAUAGCUAGUUAAAUAAAGGUUUUCCUUUUUAAG